AUGGUAAAUGUGAUUCCUACAGAAGACUCUGAUAGACUUGAACUUUCAGGGAACUAUUUAAUGACUGUUCGGAAAGAGUAUCUAUGCCUUCAUAGUGCAAAAACAGGAGAAAGGGUUUUUCAGUGGGAGUUGGACCACCUUCCAAGAUUUUAGCCUGAGAUCAUGCCCUCUCCCUAUUAUCCCUUUAUGUCUCUCACGGGAAGAUGGCAUGAUACAUUUGUUUGUCGGAUCACAUGUAAAAAAGCCAGAAUCUGGACUUUUUUCUGAUUGGAUAGGAAACAAUACGGAUGAUUUGCGCCGUUCCGAUUGGCCAAAAUGCCGCCAUCCGUUAGUUGUUGUUGAUUUCAGUCUGCAUUUUUGCUUGCGUAAUGAGCAGUGAAUACGCACGCGAGUUCGUUAUGAAAUUUCUGCCGACUGAGUUUUCUUGAAUUUGAAGGAUGCCUAAAUAGAAAUUUCGUCCAUUGAAAUAUUUUCCAUCUCAUCGUAUACUUAAAAUUCACCGAUCAUUUGAAUGCAAUUUGAUACCGGCUACAAGUUACAGAAGCGACAAACGGGUUCACUUUUCAAAUAAUUCAUGAAUGGAAUCUUGACCUGGUUUGACUGUAAUUCGUCCUUCACAAACCUGCGAAUUAUUCUGAGCGAUCUUCGUUUUCACAACACCUUUCAGGUGCUUUAGCCUAUUUUUUUUUUCCACUGCUUUCGGUACAGUACGAAGUCAACGAGCUUUAACCAGUAAUUAUAAAGUCUUAUUAUUUGUAGCUGUUAAAAAGGUACGGCAGCUCCAGCUAGCAGUAUUUCAUCACAAAAACAACACAUUUAAAUUUUGUUUUUAGGAAGCGCCAUCUGAACAUGGACAUACUUUUAAAAAAAUUUUCUGUUCCCUAGCUAAAAUUGAUUUCAAAAGAGACAUUAUUCGCGCCAAAUUUGAUUCCCUUAUGGUAAACGCUUAUUGGCUAAUAACAUGACAGGUCAAGUAGACGUUAGAUUAUGUAAAUUAGGGGGCGGUUAACGGCUUGUUAAAUAAAUGUAUCAGGCGUUAUUUUUUUCCCCUCGAGCCAAAGAAGCAAAGAAGCAAAAAAUAAAAAAAAUAACGCCUGAUCUCAGGUUACCAAGAUUUCGACUUCAAAGACUUUCACAUUUGCAGGACUUAGACAAAGUGUUGACAUUUCAAGCGGCAAGGUGAGGGUUAAUUUUCCCAUUAAGCAGCUGAACAAGGGCUUAAGAAUACCAGAAGAUCAGUAAUUGCUAAAAGUUCCCUAUUCCCUCUUUUCUCAGGGAUGUUAAAGCAACUGUGUUGCCUCACCUCGUGGAGAAAAAUUUCACUUGUGCUUCUUUUUUGCACUCAUUUUAAUAGACUGCUUAGGAAAAUAAGGGUCCACUGCUCACUCGCAGUCCUUAUACUAGUACAAAAAAAAUUUUAAAGUAUGUCUCUGCUAAAGAUGUCCCUAGUGGUGAGAAGCAAGGAGAGACAGCUGUAUUUGUUCACCAAAAAAAUUCCAUUGUGCAAUUUGACACACCACUCACAGUCACCCAGUCUAAAGAGCGACCAGGCUAACUAAGGGUGGCAGCCCAUUCAAGUACAUUUACCACUUUAGAAACGAGAGGAAACUGGGUCGAGUUAUCUUUCACAAAGACCUCUGGGACAUGCUACUAGGGACAGGGAAACAAUUGGCCAAUAGCUGACCGGUGCAUCCCCAGUAACCAUCCCAGAAGUCUUUGCAAAAGCUAAAUUGGUGCAGUUUCGUAACUGGUGUCCACAGGGGAUCCUCAACUAGUUUGUUUGUGUUUAUUUUUAUUUGCUGAUGGCUUUAUCGAGGAACAUCUCCUUUGCUUAUAUUUUCAGAGGCUGCAAGGCUGGCGAGGGAGAAUUUCAAUUCUUGACCCAGCGAGGAAGGGAAAUUCUGGAAUGUGUAAAACUACAGACUCAAAAACUAGCGAGCAUACGGACUCAUCAACACGAAAGACUAAGAAGACCUUCUUUAGACUCUGUUCCAUGCACAAGGUCGUCGGAAAAUGAGACUGCCGACAGUCUUACUAGUACUUCAUUUUCUUGA